AUGGCCUAUCCUCCGCGAGAUGCUUUCCAAAUUGGCUGGAUCUGUGCUCUUCCGAUCGAGGCUGCAGCCGCCGCCGAAAUGCUGGAUGAGCACUUUGGGAUUCUCGAGGAGCAAGAUGCAGCGGACUCGAACACCUACACGUUGGGCCGAAUCGGCAAACAUUACGUCGUGAUCGCCUGCCUCCCCGGAGGCCAGUACGGAACCACCUCUGCUACUACGGUCGCAAACAACAUGCUUCGCACCUUCUCCAAGUCACUUCGGAUCGGAUUGAUGGUCGGUGUUGGGGGUGGAAUCCCGUCAGCUGCUGACGAUAUCCGCCUCGGUGAUGUCGUCGUUAGCUACCCUCAAGGCACCUGUGGUGGGGUCAUUCAAUACGAUAUGGGCAAGAUUAUUGCCGACGGUGAAUUUGAACGAACUGGCUCGCUGAACAGUCCCCCGAGGGCGCUUUUGACUGCUGUUGGCAUAAUGAGAGCUGCCGGACUGACAGAUGAUCCUCACUACCCGGAAUAUCUCCAAAACGCAAUCGAAAGAACAGCUCGAACUCGGAAGAAUUUUGGCCGACCUACUGCGGAUUCCGAUCGACUCUUCCAGACGCAACAUGAUCAUCCUGCGAGUGCGAACAGCUGUGAUGAAUGUCUAGCGGAGUGGGAAAAGACCAGAGGUGAACGCGAGGACAACUAUCCACAGCCCCAUUAUGGUAUUAUUGCAUCUGGUAAUAAGGUCAUCAAGCACGGGUCGACAAGAGAGCAACUUCGUUUAGAGACUGGGGCAUUGUGCUUCGAGAUGGAGGCAGCUGGUCUGAUGUUGGACUUCCCCUGCGUUGUCAUCCGCGGUGUUUGUGAUUAUGCCGACUCGCACAAGAACAAGCAAUGGCAGGGAUAUGCUGCCCUGGCAGCCGCCGCAUACACAAAAGAGCUACUGGGCUAUGUGCCGGUUGGUCGAGUUUCACAAGAGAGCUUGGUAGUAGAUAUCUGCAACGGAUUGAAGACCGAAAUCAAAGGCACAAACCAACGCCUAGAUCAAGCAUACAGUCAACAAGAACAACACCAUCGUGAGAAGGUCGCGUUUGCUUUGACAGACCAACAACACCGCUGUCAUCAAACAUUCAAGGUAUCAAAUUAUGAGCAGCAGAAAAACAUCAAUCCGGAAAAAAUGGAAGGAACCUGCCUAUGGGCUUUACAGAGCGCCGAAUAUAUCCGUUGGUCAGAGAGCAGCUGCAACGAUCUUCUCUGGGUGUCGGCCGACCCAGGCUGUGGGAAGUCUGUACUUUCCCGAUCGAUAAUCGACGACUGCGUACAAGGUUCUUGUCCAGAAGUGUCAAUCUGUUACUUUUUCUUCAAAGACAACGAUGAACAGAAUCAACUUGCUUUAGCACUUUGCUCAGUACUCCAUCAGCUUUUUAGCCAACGACCUCAGCUCCUGCGUCAUGCUAUACCGUCUUGGGAAAAAAAUGGAGAGAAGCUCCGGCAAGAGAUUGACGAACUGUGGAGAAUUUUCACAAUCGCUGUAUUGUCUGAUGAAUUGUGCAAGACAAUCUGCAUAUUCGAUGCACUUGAUGAAUGCCGUGAGACUGAUCAGAAUCGACUCAUUGAGAAGCUCCAGUCAUUUCACCGUCUGCCGCAUCCGCAGGCACAGGGUACCUGGUUAAAAUACCUAGUCACCAGUCGCCCCUAUAACGAAAUCCAGAACAGUUUCCGAGGAAUCACCAACUGUUUCCCACACCUCCAUCUGAAAGGGGAGGAAGAAAAUGAUCAGAUCCAUCAAGAAAUCGAUCUUGUCGUAAAGAUGCGAGUCAAGGAGCUUACAGAAAGAGCCGCGUUGUCACAGGACACAGAGCAGCGACUCGAGAAACAGCUUCUGCAAAUGGAGCACCGUACGUAUCUCUGGCUACAUUUAGCCAUUGACGAUAUUCGAUCUUCAUUCGAGAACAGCCUUCGCCCGACAGAGGAGGAGAUCGAGUUGAUACCUAAAUCGGUAGAUGCGGCAUACGAGAAGAUUCUUAGUCGAGUGCCCUUCCGUCAAGUGAACAUUGCGAGAAAGAUCCUACAAAUCAUCAUUGCAGCACGGCGCCCUUUGACAACGGCAGAAAUGGCCAUGGCGCUCGGUAUAGCCACCUCCCCACAAGCGAAAACUGCAGCAACGGCUGGACUUGGAUCAUCUCAGAUUGACCAAAAGCUGCGUCGAUUAUGUGGUCUUUUUGUUUUCAUCAACAAUUCCAAGAUCUACUUGAUUCAUCAGACAGCCAGAGAAUUUCUUGUUAAGAAGAGUAACUCGAAUAGUAUCAACUAUUUAUACUCGUGGAGCCUGACGGACACCGAGGAUCAAAUGGCUGUUAUCUGUUUGCGAUACUUACUGAUGGAGGACGUGGAGCACGAUGAUGAGGAUCCAGACUCUAUCACUCGAAACUUUCUUGAUUAUUCAGCAGUAUAUUGGCCGGACCACAAACGGAAGAUGAGUCUGACCCAAGACCAAAAAGCGGCCAGUCAAGUUCAGAAAAUGUACGAGAUGAGUGGGAAAGCAUUUUCAUUGUGGUUCCCCAUAUUUUGGAAGACCAUCGAGGCUUAUCAAGCUCCGCCGUCGAUGACUGCUUUACAUCUGGCGUCAUUUAACGGGCAUGAGCGGGAGGUUGAGUUUCUACUUUCUCUUAGUGGGAAGGAUAUUGAUUCGACCGAUAGCACUGGAACCAAUCCUAUUAUCUCGGCCUCCCAGCGUGGUUACGAGAAAGUCGUGCAGUUGCUGCUGGAGAAAGGAGCCGAGGUCAACGCCCAGGGUGGAAUAUAUGGAAAUGCUCUCCAAGCUGCGUCUCUCCAAGGCAACGAUAAGAUCAUGCAGUUGCUGCUGGAGAAAGGAGCCGAGGUCAACGCCCAAGGUGGACACUUCGGGAAUGCUCUCCAAGCUGCGUCUUAUGGAGGACACGAUAAGAUCGUGCAGUUGCUGCUGGAGAAAGGAGCCGAGGUCAACGCCCAAGGUGGAGACUUAGGAAAUGCUCUCCAAGCUGCGUCUUCGGGAGGACACGAUAAGAUCGUGCAGUUGCUGCUGGAGAAAGGAGCCGAGGUCAACGCUCAAGGUGGAAGAUAUGGAAAUGCUCUCCAAGCUGCGUCUUCGGGAGGACACGAUAAGAUCGUGCAGUUGCUGCUGGAGAAAGGAGCCGAGGCCAACGCCCAAGGUGGACACUUCGGGAAUGCUCUCCAAGCUGCGUCUUAUGGAGGACACGAUAAGAUCGUGCAGUUGCUGCUGGAGAAAGGAGCCGAGGUCAAAGCUCAAUGUGGAGAGGAUGGAAAUGCCCUCCAACCUGCAUGUUUCGGAGGAUAA